CUGCGCAGCUUCUGCCGUUUGCUGCUUGCAUCAUACGUUGCGUCCAAGUCGCUCCACGUGCUGCCUAGUUCGAAGCCAGCGUCAUGCAGAGACUUCUUAGUGCCACUCGGCAUCGUGUGCUUGGUCUUAGCCGAGUGCCUCGUGCUUUCGGUGUUGCGCCUUCUGUCGUAUGUUGUCAGCACCAGCAGAAUCGGGGUCUGGCAGCGAAAGAAAUUAAAUUUGGUUCUGUGGCUCGCCACCGUAUGUUGGAGGGGGUUGAUGUCCUUGCAGAUGCAGUUGCAGUGACGCUGGGACCAAAAGGAAGGCAUGUUGUACUGGAACAGUCAUGGGGCUCUCCAAAGAUUACCAAGGAUGGUGUGACUGUUGCUAAAGCUAUUGAAUUGAAAGAUAAGCUUCAAAAUUUGGGUGCAAAGUUGGUGCAAGAUGUAGCUAACAAGGCGAAUGAAGAAGCAGGAGAUGGGACAACAACAGCUACUGUUAUUGCCAGGGCUCUUGCAAAAGAAGGAUUUAGAUAUGUGACAACAGGGGCCAAUCCACAAGAAAUCAGACGAGGUGUUCAAACUGCUGUUGAUGCUGUAACAGAGCGGUUGAAGGAGCUGUCUAGACCUGUGACAACUCCGGAAGAAAUUGCUCAAGUAGCUACGAUAUCAGCUAACGGUGAUAAGGAAGUAGGAGAGUUGAUUUCGUCGGCCAUGAAGGCAGUUGGGAAGCAUGGUGUGAUCACAGUAAAGGAUGGCAAGACGCUGAAGGAUGAGCUGGAAGUGAUUGAGGGUUUAAAAUUUGAUCGUGGUUACAUCUCUCCUUACUUUAUCAAUACAACAAAAGGUCAGAAAGUUGAAUAUCAAGAUCCAUUGGUGUUGUUGUCUGAAAAGAAGAUAUCGGGUAUUCAGACCAUUCUUCCUGCUCUUGAACUGGCCGCUCAACAACGUCGUCCUCUUGUCAUCAUUGCUGAAGAUGUUGAUGGAGAGGCACUCACAACUUUAGUACUCAACAGGUUAAAAGGCGGGCUACAGGUAGUGGCAGUAAAAGCUCCUGGUUUCGGAGACAAUAGGAAAAGCCAACUUAAAGAUAUGGCAAUAGCAACGGGUGGGACGGUGUUUGGUGAAGAAGGUGUUGAACUGAAGAUUGAAGACAUUAGUCUGAGUGAUUUUGGACAGGUAGGGGAAGUGAGUAUAACUAAAGAUGACACUUUGCUACUUCAUGGCAAAGGAAGCAAGGAAGAAGUAGAGAAGAGAUGUUUGGCGAUUAAAGAACAGUUGGAGAGUACAACUAGUGAAUAUGAGAAGGAAAAACUGAAUGAGAGGCUUGCAAAGUUGUCCGAUGGAGUUGCAGUGCUGAAGAUUGGUGGUUCUAGUGAAGUUGAAGUGAAUGAGAAGAAGGAUCGUGUCAACGAUGCAUUGAAUGCAACCCGUGCUGCUGUAGAGGAAGGCAUUGUACCUGGUGGAGGAGUAGCUCUUGUGCGAUGUGCAACUGCCCUUGAUGCAGUCAAGAGUGAAAACGAUGAUCAAAAGCUUGGUGUGGAGUUGUUACGACGUACUCUUCAGUCUCCUAUUAGACAGAUUGUUGAAAAUGCCGGACAAGAGCCAUCGUUGGUUGUUGACAAGGUCCUAGGAUAUGAUGAUGUCAACAUGGGAUUUGAUGCCUUGAAUAAUGAAUAUGUGAACAUGGUGAAUGCAGGUAUUAUAGACCCCACGAAAGUGGUAAGAACUGCUCUUGUGGAUGCUGCUGGGGUUGCUUCUCUUCUUACGACUGCUGAAGCAACAGUGCAUGAACUACCACAAGAUGAAAAGCCACCAAUGGGUGCUGGAGGCAUGGGAGGAAUGGGUGGAAUGGGAGGAAUGGGUGGAAUGGGUGACUUUUGAGAACUACAGUGUUGAUGUUUAACUGUCAUUUCACCUUUCCCAUCAUCUGUCUCUAAUUAUCUGUUGAGUUUACAUGAUCAGUGAAUUCUACAGUGGAUGUGUUUAAGAGAAGUAAAUGGCA